CCCAGUCAAUAUGCUGGUGAAAUCAAUCUGUUUAAUGUAAAGGGCCACGAACACUCACGAACUUGUGGUUGCAUUCCGUCGUUAAACGGCUCAUUCGUCAACUGUAAACGUCCAACGAAACGUCCUCGUAAACGUCCAACGAUGUCGAAGCGAAAACGCUCUGACAACGGUCCUCGUGCUAAUGAUUAUCUUCCUGUGGGGUUACUGCGCGGACUGCGCGAACAGCAGUCGACGGGGACGUUCUGCGAUGUCGUUCUGAAAGGCAGCGAGGAAUCCGCGCUGGGCAUUCCCUGCCAUCGCGCUCUCCUCAGCGCGCACAGCGCGUAUUUUCGGGCCGCCUUCUCAGAGAACUGGAAGGACUCGAAGCAGCACGUAUUUCAACUGUACAAUAUCGACAGCCGCACCUUAAACGAGUUGGUGAAGUAUUUCUAUACCUUGGACAUCAACCUGAACAAUGACAACGUGGAAGAGAUCUUGAUUGCGGCGCAGUUCCUGCAGCUGGAUUCCCUGGCCAAACGCUGCUGGCGCUACGUGGUAGAGCACAUGUGCCUGUCGGACUCCCUGGCAGUCCACGCUCUGGCCUCGCAACACCAUAAUUGUGUUCUGGCUGAGAAGGCUCUUGGUUAUAUCCGACGGCGCUUUCCUCAGUUCGCGCAGAGCCAAGACUUCCUGCAGAUGGACGCACAACAGCUGAUUGAACUGCUUGUCUCGGAUGAGGUGGACGUGGGCAGUGAGGACCAGGUGUUGCAGGCUGUGCUGCGCUGGCUGGAUCACGACCGUCCCGGCCGAGUGGCGCACGCGAGCACGAUCCUACAGGGCGUCCGCGCUGCCUUUCUGAGCGAGCAGUGUCGACAGGAGUACACGCUGGCUCGGGAUAGCGUGCCAGCUGUAGCGUCUGCGUGCCAGUCUGCACUGACCAGCGCAUUGUCCGAUGCGACGACGAAGCCCACACCGCGAUAUUCGUACGAUGCGCGCGACGUGAUCCUGUGCGUGGGUGGAUGCGGUCGGGAGGACGCGGCCUGCGUCCGAGCGACGGUGGACGUCUUCUGUCCCUCACUAGCGGCCGUCUGGCGCCUACAGCCGCUGCCCACGAAUGUGGGUUGCUGCGGCGCAAUGAUGCUCAGCGCCGGCGCGCUGCUGAUCACCCGAUUUGACCACACGGUGACGGUGCAGCGCGACAGCCACUACACGGACCUGCAGUACAAGUGGUCCCGGGGAGCCGGCAUGCAGACACUGCGCCGGUCGGAAGGUCUGGCGGCGCUGCAGGGUCGCCUGUACGCGGCCGGCGGUUAUGGUUUGGGCGGUCGCGCCAUCCAGCCACUGUUGUCCGUGGAGUCCUACGAUCCCCCUAGCGAUGCCUGGAGCGCCGUGGCCGCGCUGCCCGUUGGUCUGGCGCAGCCGGCGAUGGUGGAGUGCAACGGUCGGUUGUACGCCUUCGGAGGCGAACGCGAAGGCCGAAACCCCUGCAGUUCGGCAUUCGUGUAUGAUCCCGCAGCGAAUGUCUGGAGCCGACUGGCCGAUAUGCCCACGGCACGCCGGCGUUGCGUGGAUUGUGUGGCUCCCAGUGGACUGAUUUACGUUAUCGGUGGCGAAUUUGGUGAUGCACGAGACACGGGACGCUGUGUGGAAGCGUACAACCCCGUCACCAAUCAGUGGUUCACAAAACGAGACCUGAUCAUGGGGCGCAGUAAUCCCGGCUGUGUGUGCCUGGACGGGAAGCUGUACGUUCUCGGAGGGUACGCCGACGAGGACGGGGAUGACUGCCUGGACAGCAUCGAGGUGUACGAUGAAGCGACGGACCGCUGGGCGCUGCACGAGUGCCGCUUGCCGCAGGGCAAAUUCGGUUUCGGCUGUGUGCGCGAUUUGUCCCGACUCACGUAUCCCAUAUUGAUUUGUUCCUUUGGAAUUUAUUUAGUCAGUAAACGGCUCACUGUCCUUCUCCGACUUUCCUCCCGUAAACGUCCCGUGAUGUCGAAGCGAAAACGUUGUGACAACGAUCGUCCUGCGAAUGAUUAUCUCCCCGUGGGGUUGCUGCGCGGACUGCGAGAACAGCAGUCGAUGGGGACGUUCUGCGAUGUCGUUCUGAAAGGCAGCGAAGAGUCCGCGGUGGGCAUUCCCUGCCAUCGCGCUCUGCUCAGCGCGCACAGCGAGUAUUUUCAGGCCGCCUUCACGGAGAACUGGAAGGACUCCAAACAGCCAGCAUUCCAACUGCACAACAUCGACAGCCGCACUUUGAACGAGUUGGUGAAGUAUUUCUACACCAUGGAAAUCAGCUUGGAGGAUGACAACGUGGAGCACGUCUUGAUUGCGGCGCAGUUCCUGCAGCUGGAUCCCCUCUCUAAACGGUGCUGGAAAUACGUGGAAGAGCACAUGCAGCUGUCGGAUACCCUGGUGGUCCAUGCUCUGGCCUGCCAGCACCAUAAUCCCCAUAUGGCCGAAAAGGCCCUCGGCUACAUCCGGCGCCGCUUUUCGCAGUUCGCACAGAGUCAAGAUUUUCUGCAGAUGGACGCGCAACAGCUAAUUGAACUGAUUGCCUCGGAUGAAGUGGACGUGGUCAGUGAGGAUCAGGUGUUUCGGGCGGUGCUGCGCUGGCUGGAUCACGGCCACCCCGGACGACUGGCGCACGCGAAGGCUGUUUUACAGGGCGUCCGCGCUGUCUUUCUGAGCGACCAAUGUCGACAGGAGUAUACACGGUGACCCUCGCCAGUGCACCGGCAGCCGUGCCGUCCUGCCAGUCCGCAUUGGUUAGCCAAGUAACGGACGGAACGACGGAGAAGCCCGCCCCGCGACAUUCGUACGAUGCACGCGAAGUGAUCCUGUGCGUGGGCGGACGCCGCUUGGACGGCACGGUGGACGUGUUCAGUCCGUCGAUCCCGGCCGUGUGGCGUCUGCAGCAGCCUGAAGCCCGCUUUGUGGAUCCCUGC